UGCGCUGAACCCCGGCAGUAGCCAGCACGCCUGCCGCCGCCCCUGCAGCCGGUUACUCCCCUGGCGGCAGUCCCGUUCUGAAGCCCGGAAGCUGGCCAGGGUCCGGAAAGAUGUGGGUGUUUGGUUACGGGUCCCUCAUUUGGAAGGUGGACUUCCCCUACCAGGACAAGCUGGUUGGUUACAUCACAAACUAUAGCAGGCGCUUCUGGCAAGGCAGCACUGACCACCGCGGGGUCCCCGGCAAGCCUGGAAGAGUUGUGACCCUUGUUGAAGAUCCUGGGGGCAGUGUGUGGGGUGUUGCUUACAAACUACCAGUAGGAAAAGAAGAGGAAGUAAAAACAUACCUUGACUUCAGAGAGAAAGGCGGCUAUAGAACAUCAACGGUCAUUUUUUAUCCAAAAGAUCCCACAACAAAACCAUUCAGUGUUUUGCUCUACAUUGGAACGUGUGACAAUCCUAACUAUCUUGGUCCUGCACCUCUGGAAGACAUUGCUGAACAAAUUUAUAAUGCAUCUGGUCCAAGUGGAAGAAAUACAGAAUAUCUUUUUGAACUUGCAAAUUCUAUUAGGAAACUUGUGCCAGAAGAUGCAGAUGAGCAUCUCUUCUCUUUGGAAAAAUUAGUAAAGGAACGUUUAGAAGGAAAAUAGAACCCAACUCCUUCAAAGAGGCAGAGCUAUUAGUCUUCAGAAAAUAACAUCAAUACAAAACAGCAGUAUGUUCUGGACAUUCUUACUUGAACAUCUUAUUAUUUAAUGUUGUAAUUGCAACAUCAUCUAAAUUUACAGUUUAUUUACAAGUGUCCUAAAACAAAUCCAGAAAAUUAGCAUAGAGAGAAAGAGUUCACACUCUACAAGCGUUUCCUACCUAGAUGACACUUGAACAUUUGUUCAUUAGAAAUACAGUCUCAAUUCAUGUCCUGUUUUUAUCAGACUAACCAUGAUUUAUAGUAUAUAAGCUUAAAAUAAUGUUAUUAGAAAUAAAUGGUAAUAGAUAAGUUCCAGCACUGAUUGUUAACUUCCUUGUUACUUGGGAUUAAAUGAAACUCAAAUGUAGGCUAAAAUAAAUUGGAUUUUUUUAAUAUAAAAUUUUCCUUGAAAUUGUAAUGUGCUAUCUUCUCCAUUUGUGGAAGACGGUGUUUUAUUACAAAGAAAUACUCUACCAUGGGUUAUAUAAAUCAGCGAACUAUUGAUAAUGUCAUUUACUUUGUAUUUAUAUCAUAAUGAAAGUAGGAAAAAAAAAGUUUGGUUUUCUGAUAAUUACCAGUU